AUGUCCUUCAACUCGUCAGAUGUGCCAAGUUCGUUGUAUUCCUUAGUUGAUGAACACGGAGGUGGAAUUUUGGCACCCUGGAUAAAGUAUGCUCGGUCAUCCGGUGACUACAGUAUUCUUGAAGAAUAUCUGGAUACUUCGGUAAAAGCUUAUUUAUACAAUGGAGGCAAAGGAAAACUUGUUUCCAUUUCAGAACUUGUUAGCAUUCGAAAUAAACAACGAAAUGCCAUGUUGGGAGCUUUACGACGUAAGAAAGGCCGAGGAAAAAGCGGUCCAAAUAUUUUGGACGACAUUGAUCAAGAAAUUUUUGAUUCUCGAGAUUUCUUAAAAGCUUUGAAAAUACUGGAUGGAACUCAUAUAAGGGGCCAUAGAUGUUUCAAAUAUCGAGAGCUAGUCUGGGAUAUUCAGCAGAGAGGAAAGAUGGGUGAAUGUCUUUUACACAUUUGUCUUCUACAUAAUACGGCUGAUAUGAAUGAGCUAGCAAGACAGAUGGUCUUAAAAUAUCCGAAAAUGGUGAAUGAUAUUUUCAUUUCGGAGGAGUACUAUGGUUUAUCUCCAUUACAUCAGGCCAUCGUUAAUGAAGACUUAAGUAUGGUUUAUUAUCUUUGUCGUAAAGGGGCUGAUGUCCAUCAGAGAUGUUAUGGCUCAUUUUUCUGUUCUGAUGAUCAGAAAGCGUCUCGAACAGAUUCUUUGGAACAUGAAUGGGUUGAUUUAUCACCAAAUACUCGUUAUAAUGGACAAAUGUAUUGGGGAGAAUAUCCGUUAUCAUUUGCUGCUUGUACAAAUCAGAAAGAUACAUUUCGUUUAUUAAAAGCUUUUAAAGCCGAUUUGAAUAUGAUGGAUACUAAUGGUAACACAGUACUCCAUUUAGCUGUUAUACACGAUUUGCCCGAUAUGUUCAAAUUAGCAUAUGACAAUGGAGCGAAUUUACGAAUCGCCAACAACGCCAAAUUAACUCCUCUGGCUUUGUCGGCUCGUCUGGCAAAUAAGAGAAUGUUCGAUCUAAUUCUCGAUUUGGAAGCGCUUUGUCCUUGGAGAUAUGGAGAUAUCAUCUGUAAAGAAUAUCCACUAGCCAAUAUUGAUACAAUAAGUGAAGAAGAUGGAACUCUAAAUCCAAAUUCUGUUUUGGCAAACGUCGUCUAUGGUGACAAAUCUGAUCAUUUGGAUUUUUUUGAUGGAUUGAUGGAAGAACUUUUAGAACGAAAAUGGGAAGCGUUCGGGAAAAAAAGAUUAUUCUGGUCCUUGUUUGGCUAUUUAUACUUUUUGUUUGUGUUCUUCUUAUCAUUCAUGACAAGGGAAGUACGUGAAACGUAUGAAGAGGAAGAAGAGGAAACAUUUUCAAAUUUCUCAAGCAUUUUCAGCCACAAACCGCUGACUUUCGAAGAAUUGCUAAUCAUUCAGAAGUACAAUGAGAGAGUUCCUGAAAAAUGCCAUUUAUGGAAUUAUUCAAAGGACUUCCGACAAAUGAUAAGAUUCAGCGCUGAAAUUUUAUCGUUGAUUGCUGUAGUUGUUCGCACAAUGAAAGAUUUGGUUGACAUGCAAAGGACAGGAUUCAUACGAUGGUGGAACACACUUAAAGCAUUUCCGGAGAAAAUUCUGCACAAAUGUGCUCAAAUGUUGAUAUUCCUCAUGAUACCUAUUAGAAUGAUGUGCUAUCUACAUGAAAUUAUGCUGGUUAUAGAGAACAUUAUAGCCAUUUGUGUCGUUUUGAUGUCAACUAUGCAUUUCUUCUUCUACUGCAGGGGUUUGAAGUUCGUUGGACCUUUCGUUCUUAUGGUUUAUAAGAUUGUUAUGGGUGAUAUGUUGAGAUUUUUGUUCAUUUACGCAUUUUUUAUGCUGGGAUUUGCACAAGCUUUUUACGUCAUUUUUCACUCUUGUCAUCGAGCUGAACUAGACUAUCAACGUCAGAAUAACUAUACGUCUAACAUGGAUUAUCCGACAAAAUUUGAAAACAUUAUGGCAACCCCGUUUGAAUCCAUCAUGAGGAUGUUCAUUAUGAGUGCUGGAGAAUUUGGGGCUUUUUACAAAAACAUAAAUGAUUGUAAACAUUCAAUAGCCUUUCAAGGAAAAAUGUUUUUCACCUUAUACGAGCUGUUGGUAACCAUUAUGCUGCUGAACUUGCUGAUCGCCAUGAUGACUCGAACUUACGAAAAAAUCGCAGAGACGGAAAAAGAAUGGAAAAGACAGUGGGCUCAAGUCAUCGUAAUGUUAGAACAAUCGCUUUCACCUUAUGAGCGCCUAAUGGCGAUGUUCAGUUAUUCUCGUCCGAUCCGUAGUGAUAAACGUCGUCGAGCGUUUGUUGUUCGUCUGAAGCAUACUAAAAGUACUGAGAACGUGGCUCAAAUGGAAUUCAUUGGCAAGAAACAGAGUAUACGUUUAUCACAGAAUAGUCAUUUACAUAUGGCUGGACUAAGAUGA